UCUUAAUGAAAUAAUUAUAGUCAAAUUAUUAUCAAUGUUCCAUUUAAAGCAGGCAUUCAAGCGAUUUUCGGGCCCCAGCACCAAGAAAGGCUCUUCUUUGCUGAAAUACUCGCUAAGGAACACAUUUGGCAUGUCAAAUUAUUUGCAGUAUUUUAAUUCGUUGCAAGAUUUCCCUUAUGUCUUUAAUAAUAAAAAGACAGUAAUCCCACCGAUAAAAGAGCUGGAUGUUCAUGAAUUUCAUACUUUGCAGCAACUGAAUGAUAUGCUCGAUGAGCCACAACAUUGUUUUAGAGAAGGUUUCAGCCUUGCAUACACCACUCUUUUGAAGAUGAUCAGGGAUCAUGACCUGACCGGCAUCGGUCAGGUCUGCAACACAGACCUGAAACAAGAUCUUCAUGAAGAGAUGUCUGAGGCAGUCUUCAAAGAUAUCGGGUUCAAAAUUGAGAAUGAAAAUAGCUCCUUGCUAAGUGCAAUAGAUAUCGACAUAAUUGACUUUAACUUUCAUAUAUCUGGAGGCAUGGGAAGAGGAACCAACUCAGAAAUGAAUUCUAGAUGCCAUGUUUAUAUUUCUGAAGAUUUUGACAUGGGAAGCCAGGUCAGUAUCGACCUGGAGGUCAUGGUCAAGUACAUCACCAAUUAUAAACUUAACGCUUUUAUCAACAAGGAUCCUGAAAUUUGACUUAUUCCGGAUUCUGAAGCCAGAGAUAAAGAAAUACAUUACGUCACUUAUGAAACUAAUGUUUCAAAAUUAGAGCUGAACUUUUGGAAUUUCUUAGCCAUCCGUAGAUAUGCUAACUUGAAAUAUCUGGAUGAUGCCGAAUGGAGAAUAACCGAUAUUGACGGUAGAUUCGGAGGAUACAGGAAGUAAAUCCUUUAUUAAAAUUUCAAUUA